CCUCUCACUUCGGUCCUAACUCUCUUUCUCUCAUUUUUCUGGAGCUCAAAGAAGCUCAGCAAGCACGUCAUAGAGGGAGACCUGACCGAUUUAGCACACAAACAAGAAACAAAGGGAGAAAAAAAGAUGGUGAGAGGAAUGAACAUGCUUGCGUUGAUGGUGUUCCUGGGAGCUGCAAUCCAGAGUUGCAGUGCUCAGACGACGUACACGGUCGGCGAUGGUGUUGGAUGGAAUGUGCUUGUGAACACCACUCAGGCCUAUGAGCUCUGGGCUGCCAACAAAACCUUCAUGGUUGGUGACAUCUUAGUGUUUAACUUUAUCAACGGGACACAAAACGUCGCCGAGGUUACCAAAUCAGCGUUCGACUCCUGCAACAUCACCUCCACCAUCUCCAUCUACACAGACCCGCCAGUCAGAAUCACCCUUGCCACCCCUGGUGAGCACUUCUACACAUCCACCUACACGAACCGCUGCUCCCUCGGCCAGAAGCUCGCCAUCAACGUGAACGCUGCCUCCGCUCCUGGGCCGGCCCCUACAACUACACCAACACCACCUGCUGCUUCUGCACCGGCACCGACGUCAACCCCGACAAGGUCGCCAAUGACUUACACCGUAGGUGAUGGUGUUGGAUGGAAUGUGCUUGUCAACACCACUCAGGCCUAUGAGCUCUGGGCUGCCAAUAAGACCUUCAUGGUUGGUGACAUCUUAGUGUUUAACUUUAUCAACGGGACACAAAAUGUCGCCGAGGUUACCAAAUCAGCGUUCGACUCUUGCAACAUCACCUCCACCAUCUCCGUCUACACAGACCCGCCAGUCAGAAUCACCCUUGCCACCCCUGGUGAGCACUUCUACACAUCUACCUACACGAACCGUUGCUCCCUCGGCCAAAAGCUUGCCAUCAACGUGAACGCUGCCUCGACUCCUGGGCCGGCCCCAACAACUACACCAACACCACCGGCUGCUUCUGCACCGGCACCGACGUCAACCCCGACAAGGUCGCCAAUGACUUACACCGUAGGUGAUGGUGUUGGAUGGAAUGUGCUUGUCAACACCACUCAGGCCUAUGAGCUCUGGGCUGCCAAUAAGACCUUCAUGGUUGGUGACAUCUUAGUGUUUAACUUUAUCAACGGGACACAAAACGUCGCCGAGGUUACCAAAUCAGUGUUCGACUCCUGCAACAUCACCUCCACCAUCUCCGUCUACACAGACCCGCCAGUCAGAAUCACCCUUGCCACCCCUGGUGAGCACUUCUACACAUCUACCUACACGAAUCGCUGCUCCCUCGGCCAGAAGCUUGCCAUCAACGUGAACGCUGCCUCCGCUCCUGGGCCGGCCCCAACAACUACACCAACACCACUUGCUGCUUCUGCACCGGCACCGACGACAACCCCGACAAGGUCACCAAUGACUUACACCGUAGGUGAUGGUGUUGGAUGGAAUGUGCUUGUCAACACCACUCAGGCCUAUGAGCUAUGGGCUGCCAAUAAGACCUUCAUGGUUGGUGACACCUUAGUGUUCAACUUUGUGAAUGGCACACAAAACGUUGCCGAGGUUACCAAAUCAGUAUUCGACUCCUGCAACACCACCUCCACCAUCUCUGUUUACACGGUCUCGCCAGUCAAAAUCACCCUUGCCACCAUCGGUGAGCACUUCUACACAUCCACCUACUCGAACCGCUGCUCCCUCGGCCAGAAGCUCGCCAUCAACGUUAUCAGCAGCUCCACCACAACUCCAUCACCAUCUCCCGCUACCCCUCCGUCGCCAGGGAACUCGGCCGCCUCUUUGGGCGUCACCGGCUUGUUCUCGGGGAUGUUGUCCAUUGCCGUAGUGUUGUUGUACUAGAUUAGUUAAGUGAUAUUUUUCCUUGGUUCACUACAUGGCGAUCGUGAUUCGUUUUUGUGAGUUGUUUUUUUUUUUAGUAUUGAGACUCAUACUUGUUGAUUAUGAUUGAUUGUAUACAAUAAAGUUGAUUUUUCGUGAA